GCUGGGCCUAAACUCUAUCCGCUGUCCCAGACCGGUUUUCAGGGCAAAGCUGCCAUGCGUUCCGGGGGCCGCGGGCGGCCCCGGCUACGGCUCGGGGAACGCGGCCUUUUGGAGCCACCCUCACCGCCCAAGCGCCGCCUGCUACCUCGGGCGCAGCUCUUGCCUCUGCUGCUGCUGGCGCUGGCGGUGGCCUCGGUGUUAUACACCAGUUGGAGCGGCUGGCACCGCCAGUCUGAGGAGCUGCCGCUAGGCCGGGAGCUGCGGGGCCCGUCGAUCGGAAGUCUCCCCGAAGCCGGGGUGCGGAGGGUGGUGGGGCAACUGGACCCUCACCGUCUCUGGAACAAUUAUCUGCGCCCCCUGCUGGUUGUGCGGACCCCCGGCAGCCCCGGCAAUCUCCAAGUCAGAAAGUUCCUGGAGGCCACACUGCGGACCCUGACAGCAGGCUGGCAUGUAGAACUGGACCCCUUCACAGCCUCGACACCCCUGGGGCCACUGCACUUCAGCAACGUGGUGGCCACGCUGGACCCAAGGGCUGCCCGUCACCUCACCCUUGCCUGCCAUUACGACUCGAAGCUCUUCCCAUCUGGGUCAGCCCCCUUUGUGGGGGCCACGGAUUCGGCUGUGCCUUGCGCCCUCCUACUGGAGCUGGCCCAGGCCCUGGACCUGGAGCUGGCUAGAGCCAAGGAGCAGGCAGCCCCAGUGACCUUGCAGCUGCUCUUCUUGGACGGUGAAGAGGCACUGAAGGAGUGGGGACCCAAGGACUCGCUUUACGGCUCCCGGCACCUGGCCCAGCUCAUGGAGUCUGCACCCCACAGCCCCGGCUUCACCAGGAUCCAGGCUAUUGAUCUCUUUAUGCUUCUUGAUCUCCUGGGAGCCCCCAACCCGACCUUCUACAGUCACUUUCCUCGCACGGUCCGCUGGUUCCAUCGGCUGAGGAGCAUCGAGAAGCGCCUGCACCGUCUGAACCUACUGCAGUCUCAUCCUUGGGAAGUGAUGUACUUCCAGCCCGGGGAGCCCCCUGGCUCUGUGGAAGACGACCACAUCCCCUUCCUCCGCCGAGGGGUCCCCGUGCUCCACCUCAUCUCCACACCCUUCCCCUCUGUCUGGCACACGUCCGAUGACUCUGAGGCCAACCUGCACCCACCCACGGUACACAACCUGAGCCGCAUCCUGGCCGUGUUCCUGGCUGAAUACCUGGGGCUAUAGCCUGCCUGGCGGACUCUGAGGGAGAAGCACCCAGCAGCAGAUGUGACGAGGGCACCUGGAGCCGAGGAGCUCGGGCCAGGCCUGCUUGCGGUGUGCUGGCUUGUCCUUUUUUAACACCUUUGGCUCUGCUUGUGCUCUGACUGGAAGACCCUCUUUCUUUCUCUCCAGCUGCCACUCUUCAAAGACAUGGAAGAGACAGACCACUGUGGUGUGAGAGCCAAAGGAAUAAGAGCUUGGCCGCUGCCCUGAGGGAAACACUUGGGCUGCAGUUCUGCAGGGGCCAAAUGCCGUUCUCCAUUUUAGUCAGCAAACGGCAUCUGGACCAGCAAUACCCCUGACCAAAUGAAUUCUCUGUGGCUUAUGUUUCUGUGGCAGUUCCUUCUCCAGAAUGGCAGCCUUGCUACCGCAUCAGUCCAAACCCAACUCCCACAUGGAUGUGCCAUGGGGAGCCCACAGAAGAUGUGCUCGUAAGCAGGGAACAGAGGAGAUGAAAGCCAGUACUUGGGAACUCCAGAUUCUGCCAGAUCCAAUGGCCAAUAAACCAGUGUUUCUGCAAAAUAUAUCCUGUAGAACUAGCAUACAUAGGUGUUGCAUGAAAAGGGGGACCAAAGUGGGGUGAGACAACAUUAAACGAGUUUCUUCAUUUGCACAAUGUGAAUUUUCAAGAAAGAGAAUGCAAUGUUUCCCCAAAGUAUUUCAUCACGGAACCCCUUUAUUGGGAAGCACCUCACAGAAGCAUGGUACCUCAGAAGAUACUUUGGGAAGCACUGGGUUUUGACAGUUUUGAGUGUACUUAUGGUAGAAAUGGGUCAACUAGUUACACCAAACCAUCCUUUCCCUUUUGGCUGUGGGUACAGGAGUGGGAGAUGGUGUGUGUAACUGCAAACUCUAGUGAUGACCCAAGAGAUUAUUUCCCAGUCCUAAUUUUCAGACCCAACUGGGGUGCUUAUUAAAAAAUGCGGGGAAUUCCCUGGCGGUCCAGUGGUUAGGCCUCGGCACUCUCACUGCCGGGGCCCGGGUUCAACCCCUGGUCAGGGAACUAAGAUCCCGCAAGCUGCGCAGUGAGGCAAAUAAAUAAAUAAAUAAAUAAAUAAAUAAAUAAAUAAAAUGCAGACUCCCAGGUCCCACCUACUUAAUCAGAACUUCAGAGAGGGGCUGGGACUCUGUAACAAGCACCUGAGGAAGUCUCAUGAUCAGCAAAACUUUGGGACAUGCUGUCCUUAAAGAUUCAAGUUUGGUCCAUUCACAGCUCCCUAGCAAACCUAAAGGGCACCCAGACAGGAAGUCCCGUGUUGGGCUCUGUACCUGCUGAUUUCGUGACUUUGAUGGAGACCUGGUAGGCCACAGGGAUGCCAGGCCAGGAUGCAGGGUUAGAGAGUGAAGGUGAACAGCAGCCUCGCAAGCCAACUCAAGGCUGGCGAAGACUCGCGAGAACUCACAGGCUGAAGGACAACUGCGGUUCUCAUUUUGCAAAUGAGGUGGCCAAGGCUGAGAAUUACAAACCGGUUAUUAACAGAGCCCAGAUGCUCACCCACAGCUCUGCUCCUAUCCCCAUGUCCUACCUCCCUUCCAAAAAUCACCUGUGCUGGACCAACAGAUUGUUGGUCAAAAGUAGCUCCUCCUGAGGCUUUUAACUGGCUGCAAGUCUGAGUGAGGUUUGGGCGGUGGGGACUCACAGCCUCUUAGAGGUGGAAUUGGCAGAAGUUGAGUUCAGAAAGGAAAUUGACAGAUAUCAACAGCCAGGGUGGCAGGAGGGUCUCAAAUCACAAAGUUAGUUCCUGUUUGUUCAUUUCUUGUGUGGCAGGCAUGGUGCCAAGCACUCAAAAGUGCAGCACGUCCCCUUAGCCUCACAGCCAUCCCAGAAGGUGAAACCAUCACCUCUGUUAGGGGAAGCAGUGUGUUCAGUGACGUCCUUGGCCCCUUGCCUCCCUGCAGGUCAUCGUGCUGAGUGUACUACACGCCAGGUUCUGGGCAAGGCGCCUGGGCACGUUUUCCACUUGAAUCCAGGGUAAGGAUCGUGAGCCCCAUUUUACAGAUGAGGCUGCUGAUGCUUGGCAAAGUGAUGUUUCCCCCAGCUCCCAUCUGUCCCCCAAACUUAGGCUCCCCCAGCUUCACACUAUGAAGAGGCCAUGAGGUGUCUUUGGUGAGCACAACUGUUGAACAUUGUAGAUGCAAGAGCUCACAUGUCAGUCUUUUGAGGAACUGUCAGUAUUCUCAUUUUUCAGAUUAAGAAACUGAGCUUCAGAGAAAUCAAUUGCUGAAGAUCACAGCUGGACACUUUCACUGCAUGUGUCUAGGUAUUCAUUUCUUUUUAUUUAUCCUGCCUAUGACUCACUGGGCAUACCGGUCUUUUUACCAGUCUGGAAUUUGCAAUCAUCGUGUCCUUAAAUAUUAUCAUUGCACCAUUCUCUCUUCUGAUUCUAGAACGCCAGUUAAAUGUGUUAGACUUCCUCACUCUAUCCUCCAUAACCUUGCUUCCUAUUUUCUUUCUUUUUUUGGUCUCUGUGCUACUUCAGACCUAGCUUUAGUUCAAUAAAUCUUUUUAAAAUUUUA